AUGUCAGGACCAAACGCCUACGGCACCCCGGUCUCGGACACGGCCUUCCGCAAAACCUGGGACCGUGAAGAAUACGCCAAAAAGGCAGCCGACGAUGAAGCAAAGCGCAAAGCCGAAGGCAAAGCCCGCUAUGAAGCAAAGCUACUGGGAAAGAAAUACCACGCACCAGUCGACUACAGCACGCUCGAGGAUACCACAGCCCGCAGCCAGCGCCUAGACGUCGCGUCUAUGGUGGGAAAGACCAUGAUUGUGCCCGCAGGCGCGGGGAUGGGCAAGCGCGGCCUCGGCGCCGGAUUUUACUGCAAGGACUGCGAUCUUACUUUCAAGGAUAACUUGCAGCUUGUGGAGCACUUGAACAGCAAACAGCAUUUGAUUGCGACGGGGCAGAGUGGCGAGGUGAAGAGGGCGACUGUUGAGGACGUGCGCUUGCGGUUGAGGAUGCUUGCGCAUCGGAAGCGUCAGAGGGAUGAGGAAGAGCGCAAGGCUUGGCAGCUUGAUCUUGGGGCGCGUCUUAAAGAGCGGGAGGAGAUUGAUGCUAAAGAGAGGGAGGAGAAGAGGCGCAAGCGCAAUGAGAAGCGGAAGAAGGACAAGGUUAAGCAGGAGGAUGAUAGCUGGGAGGGCCGGUUGGGAAUCAUUUCUUGA